ACUACGAUUGUUAUUGGUCAGAAAUAUUAUAAUAAACUAGUGUAAUAUGCAAUUGAGUUGACCAAACGCUUACAUACAUAUUUUUGUCACAAAUUGGUACAUUAAGUAAUUAUGUCUUUUAAAAAGAGUGUAUCAUUCUAUAUUAUAAAGAUCAAAGUAGGUGAAUUGUAUUUCAUCGCAUAAGAUGAAAAGAUGCUCAUUCAAAAAGAGAGGUUCCCAGAUGGUUUUGGAAUCCCCUUGCUCUAGAAAAUAUAUUUUUCCGUUUUAUCUAAGUAUUUGUCAUAAAAAGCACUUGUUAUAAACAAAUAUAUAUUAUUGUAUAUCUGUAUGUUUUUACAUUAUUACACAGUAAAAAAACGUCUUUCGAUGAAAAGUUUCGAAUGACGCUUAGGACUGCUAAGCAAUCUCUGUCGAUAUUUCACAUUUGUAAACACUGGGUUAUUAGCAAAACACUCACAAAAGAAUUAACACUCGUCAUGAGAUGUUUACAUGGAGCCUAAAUUUACUGACAAGAUGUUUAUUUAUUCCUAUUUUUUAAACAGAUCUUUGCUAUUGUGAUUUUUUCCCUUUUUUUGCUAAGUUUAAGUAAAAUCCUGUAAAAAUGCUUGUGGAAGUUGGUUCAAGACAUCAUUCUCGUUAUACACCAUCUACGGGAAUGACUCCCAAAGUACUUUGUGAACAUGAUGAUCUUGCAACAAGUUUAGUUCUUGAUCCUUAUCUUGGUUUCACUACUCAUAAAAUGAACAUCAACUUUACACCUUUUGAUGUGGAUCGAGGUAAACUACUUCAGGCUUUGAUGGACUUUACAAAUGAUCAAGAUUAUGAAAAAGCUUAUAAAGCACUGACAGCGUGGGAUUGGUUCCCACGUUUUGUGAUGUCAAAGCCUAGGAGUCAACAAGCAACUCUUAAAGAUCAUAUUUUUAGGUACCUACGAAUAUUUGAUAAAGAAUCUGGUUUUCGUGUUUGCAUUUGUGAAAGAUAUUCUUUGGAAGGAAAUGUUGGAGCUAAAGUGUGUGCAACCAAAAAGUGGUAUAAAAAUGAUAAGAUGCAUUACCUUGUUGGGUGUAUUGCUGAACUGACCGAGAAGGAAGAAGCAGAAUUACUUCAUCCUGGAAAAAAUGAUUUUAGUGUUAUGUAUUCCUGUAGAAAAAACUGUGCUCAACUUUGGCUUGGGCCUGCAGCUUUUAUUAAUCAUGACUGUCGUCCGAACUGCAAGUUUGUUCCAACUGGACGUGAUAGUGCAUGUGUUGAAGUAUUGAGGGACAUAGAUGCUGGUGAAGAGAUUACUUGUUUUUAUGGUGAAGAUUUCUUUGGUGAUAAUAAUUGCUACUGUGAAUGUGAAACUUGUGAAAGACGAGGUCGUGGUGCUUUCAGUACUAAAACUCCAAAACAUGAGUAUAGUUUAGAAUCAAGACUAGCAUAUUGCUUGCGAGAAACUGACAACAGACUGAAUCGUUUUAAGAAACAAGCCAGCACAAAUGAGAAACCUGUAGAUAUAAAUGAUAUGCUUACUAAUAAUUCUGAUCCUAAAUCAACCAGUAAUCCACGUCGUAACAUUAUGCCUAUGUUAGAAACUCAAAAGAAAAAGGUGAAGAAUCGUAAGAGAGCCAGAAGUAAAGUGAAAGAGAAUUCUACUGUUCAGAUGGAUACAAAGAAUCAAACUGAUAUUGAUAAAAAGUCUUGUAGUGUGACAAAUAUACCAAAUAAUUAUGACAACAAACAGACUGAAAAUGAAAAUCAUGAAAAGAAUGAACCUAUGUUAGAAAAUGAUGAUACAAAAAGUUCUAUAAAAUCCCAAGAUUCUUGUGAAAUAAAUGAAACUUCAUCUUCUGAAAGUGCAUUGGAUAGUCAACCACCACAUUUGGUCCAGUCUGAUUCUUUGGAGGCUGGGUUUUAUUCGAUUUCAUCCCCUAAUUCUAAGUGUGUCGAAAAUCCAACCAAUAUUGAAGUUGAAAAUUCAACCAAUGAACCAUAUGAACUUCUUUUCAGUCCCCCAACUCCAAAUACAGAAAUUGAGCAGCAUAUUAUCUAUCAAAUUCCUGAAUCUCUUAAUCACCCUCAGAAAUUCACUUCAGAAUUUGGAAAUUUUCCCAAUCAAAAUCCUAUGUCUUUUGAAAGUUCAGAUGUAUUUUCUGCAGAUGUAAAUCACAAUUCAGAUCCAUUAGGCUGCCCUCAGAUAUUUUAUUCUCAAAUCGAUAAUGUCAUUACCCAAGAUUCCAGUAGCAGUUCAGACAAUGGUGAUUCAGAUGCUGUUCCGAGGGAACCUAUUCUGCCAGUGAACAACAAAUAUCAAAGCGACUCGGGAAUUGGCUCUGAGAGUAACGAUUUCCCUAUGGACUUCAAUACCACACAAGAUGCUGUGAUAACACCUGUUUCAGUGGAUAACAAUCCUGAGAGCAAUCUGUUUCCUAGAUUAGAAAAUAGUGAUGACUUGUCUUUACCUUUAGAUUCUGAGGAGCAUCAGAAAGAAUCUUUGCCUGCUCUUGAACCCAUGAGUGAUAGAAACGAAUAUUCAGAAGUGCUUCUGUCACGGAUGAAAGAGACUUUAAGAGCAAUCACAGAAAAAACUCCUUCACCUGAGACAGAAUUCCUAAUGGAUCAUAGUCUUUCACAAAAGAAUGGGCAAAUAGAAGUAGAAGAACCCUCAUAUCCGUCCACCCUUAAACUCAAGUGGACAAGUGAUAAACCAAAUGAAAUAAAAUCGGUUUCGGCGACCGAACAAGACAAUUUGCCUUCCUGUGAACGCUCAAAACUGAUUCUUCGUAUUAAAAGAACUUAUUCAGGCAUUAUUUAUUCAUCUACCAAUCCCUUUGGGCUCCGAAACCCUGAACGUAUGGAAAAAUUCAAUUCCAGGCAUGAUGAAAGCUUUUCCCGCAAUAGCAGUAGUAGAUAUAAGAAGAAAAAGAGCAAACAUAAAAAACACCACCAUCAUCAUCAUCAUCGUAGACCUGAUGAAGAUCAUUACAUUAAAGUAUUAAAACGGAAUUCACCGGACUCCUAUAAAGUGUAUGAUCAGCCUAGUGCACCUGAUAGCCGUUAUGUAAAUGAUGAAGACUUCUCUGAAUUUUUGAAACGGGUCGGAGAUGUAAAGUAUAAACGAAUUAAAUUAAAAUAUGGAAAGAACAACUCUUUAAAUAUUGACAUUCCACCUACAAAACUUAAAAAAGUGUCUUAAUUUUUAAUGUAAAAAAAAAAUGUAUUCAUUCUUAACAGUUUUUUAUAGCAAUAUUGUUUAUUUUAUAUAGUAAAUUUUUAUUGUUCGUGAAACACUGCCAUUAUAUGGUUCUUAAACUGAUGUUUUAUUUGUGUGUGUGUGUGCAUGUGCGAUUACUUUUUCAUUUCACAGUUCUUUUUAACUUCUCAAAGUAUUCCUUGACUUAUGUGAAGUUUAAGAUUACGAUUAGAUUAAAAAAUAUAAGAAAUUGCAUUUAUUGUAUGUUAAAGAUAUGGACAUUCCUCUUUCUGUAAAUAGAUUACUUUUUUUUUCAAGCAGUGCAUCUUUUGCUACAGUUUAGAUUUUUUAACUGAAUAAUUCACUACUUUAUAAGUAUUUAUUAAUUAAUUAUAAACUAAGUUUCUUGAAAGCAGUGGUUCUCAAUCUUUUUUUUUCUGUGUAUUCAUUUUCUG